UGUGCAUGAAAAAGCUUUGGCACUAACGUUGAAACUCAGACCUCUCACUCUCUCUCUCUCGCGCUCUCUCGCGCUCUCAUAUAUACUCUGCUAUAUUCCGCUCACUACAUCUAGUCGCGGUUAAGGGGCGUGCGGUUGCCAGGAGAGACGCGCGUACAGUACAGUGUAGGAGCGUUAACGGCAGAGCGGCACGGGCUCUCCCCCGCCAUUUCCUCGUGUCGAACCCUGGAAUGUCGAGUAGCGGCUCGGGCUCUUCCUCGCGGAAGGAGUUUGAUGUGAAGCAGAUACUCAGGAUCCGAUGGAGGUGGUUCGGUCACCCCGCGGUCCCUCCGCCUCAGUCCCCGCCGCUAGGAGACUACUUCGCCGGGAGGAGGGCGGGCGGCAGCUCCGGAGACGGACCUUCCGUAAGCGGCUGUAGCACCUCGAAUUCAGCCAGCGCGAACCCCAGCGCCCUGGGUCACAGCGGGCUGGUGGCAAGCGGCAGCGCUGGUUCUAACCUGUGUAACGGCAGCAACAGAAAGUUUGGUGAUCCGACGGGGAGUCGGGGCGGUCCGGUUGGAGCGGCAGCUGGAGCAACGGGGAGCUCCUGUCCCCGCUCCUUCAGCCAGCCAGAGUGCAGGAGCCCCGCUGCAGCGCUGUCUUGGGUCUCCCCGCCGCCUCAUCGUCGCUCCCGUCCUGGGACGAGCAUGGAACCCCCAGGCGAGGCUCCGGUGCCCCAGCUAGUACCCGAGCCACCCGCUCUUGUCGGGGUUGAGGAGGAGGCAGCGACACCGGCAGCGUCGGGCACCGAGGACAACAACAACCACCUGGAAACCGACUCCAGCUCGUGCAGGACGUCUAACAGCAGCGCCACACUGUCAUCAUGCGUGUCGAUGGAGCCAUGUGCAUGUCCAGAAGAGUGUAUGUUCACCGCUCUGUCCCAUGCCGAUGUCACCUUCCACAAGAUGGAGGGCUACCUGAGGUCGCGGCAGCUGUGUGAUGUCGUACUGGUGGCUGGAGAAAGGCGGAUACCUGCACACAGACUGGUCCUCUCAUCUGUGUCGGACUACUUUGCGGCCAUGUUCACCAGUGAUGUGAAGGAAGCCAAGCAGGACGAGGUGAAGAUUGAAGGAGUGGACCCUGAUGCAUUGGCGGCCCUGGUGCAGUAUGCAUACACAGGCCGUCUCGAGUUGAGGGAGGACACCAUUGAAUCUCUGCUGUCAGCCUCCUGCCUGAUGCAGUUGUCGUCAGUGGUUCAGGCCUGCUGUUCGUUCCUCAUGAAGCAGCUCCACCCCUCCAACUGUCUGGGUAUCCGCUCCUACGCUGACGCUCAGGGCUGCAAUGACCUGCAGAGGGCUGCUCACGCCUACACCAUGGAACACUUUUUAGAGGUGGUGGGAGGCCAGGAGUUCCUGCUGCUCCCGGUGGACGAGAUGGAGAGGCUGCUCACGUCUGAUGACGUCAACGUGCCCGACGAGGAAACCGUGGUGACCUCUUUGCUAACGUGGGUUCAUCAUGACGCCGCCACACGACAGCGUCACCUACCCUUGCUGUUGUCUCACGUCCGACUGCCAUUGCUGCAGCCACAGUUCUUGGCCGACUUGGAGUCCAACCCUCUGCUCCGGGACAGUAUGGAGUGCCAACGCCUGCUGAUGGAGGGGAUGAAGUAUCACCUCUUGCCACAGCGGCAGCCUCUGCUUCAGAGUCCCCGCACCCGGCCCCGCAAGGCCACUGUUGGGGCCAUGUUCGCCGUAGGGGGCAUGGACGCCACGAAAGGUGCUACCAGUAUCGAGCAGUACUGUCUGCGUCAGGACACGUGGAGGCAGGUCGCCAUCAUGAGUGGACGGAGACUACAGUUUGGUGUAGCUGUCCUCGACGGCCGUCUCUACGUGGUGGGCGGCCGAGAUGGACUCAAGACCCUCAACACUGUGGAGUGUUACAACCCGCACGGCAAAGCCUGGACCGUCAUGCCUCCCAUGUCCACACACAGGCAUGGCUUAGGAGUAGCGGUCCUAGAGGGGCCCAUGUAUGCAGUAGGAGGACAUGAUGGCUGGAGCUACCUCAGCACAGUGGAAAGGUGGGACCCCCAAGCUCGCCAGUGGAGCUUUGUUGCAAGUAUGGCUACACCCAGAAGCACAGUGGGAGUAGCUGUACUCAAUGGCAAGCUGUACGCAGUAGGAGGUCGUGACGGCUCAUCCUGUCUGCGUUCAGUGGAGUGUUUUGACCCCCACACCAACAGGUGGAGUGGUUGUGCACCUAUGGCUAAAAGGCGUGGAGGUGUGGGUGUGGCCACAUGGCACAGCUUCCUGUACGCCAUCGGAGGUCAUGAUGCUCCCGCCUCAUCCCUUGCAUCUCGGCUAAGUGACUGUGUGGAGAGGUAUGACCCGCAGACAGAUGUGUGGACGGCAGUUGCCCCCAUGAGCAUCAGCAGAGAUGCCGUUGGUGUUUGUCUCCUUGGAGACCGUCUCUACGCUGUGGGCGGUUAUGACGGGCAAGUGUAUCUCAAUACUGUAGAAGCCUACGACCCUCAGACAAACGAGUGGACACAGGUAGCACCUCUGUGUCUGGGAAGGGCAGGAGCAUGUGUGGUGGCCGUCAGACUCUGAAAACAUAAACACCAACAUUCUAUGGCGUACUGUACAUGAUGAGACUCAGAGAUCCUCUGUGUCACCACUAACAUGGUCACUGAUCACCAAGGAGCCCAUCUGCCUGCCAUGAUGUGACCAACACCGGGAAGUGAGAGACUAAUAACUGAACACACUUCGGCAAAGCCAGAUUUAACUCUGCCUAUCAUUUAUUUGAAUGUUUAUAGGUUAGUGUUAGAUUGUGUGUCAGGUUUCUGAUAAAGUUUUUGUAUUUGAACAUCCUGAUAACAUCUGCUGCAAAAGUGAACCGCCACCGCCACCCAUGAUGAAGAUGAAGAACAAUCUGCAGUGUUUAUCUGAGCAUGAAGGAACACCUGUCGUCUCGCAGCUUUUUUUUUCUUUCCUAUUAUUUUGUUCCUGCAGACAAGGUGGGACACACACACACACACACACACACACACACACACACACACACACACACACACACACACACACACACACACACACACACAUAAACCUACAUGGUUGCUUUCAGCUUCUAUUUCUGCUGACAGAAAGGUGAGAGAGACAGAGAGAGAUUGUCAAGAGACUGUUGAGGUGCCUCAUCAUUUUACGCUCUCGGUUCUCCUAACAGUAUCUGAUAGCAUGUAUUGAUGCUAUUUUAAUAUAGUCCCUAUUAGUUUAUGCUGCAGUCGGCAAGUUGCUCUCCUUUUCUUUCUUUUCCUUUCCCGCCUGCUGACAGAUGAAAGAAAGACUUGACAUAAUCAGCACAACCUUAUGAACAGCCAUACUGUAAGAAACUGACGCUCUUUAUUCUUUUCAGUCAAAAACAUAUCAUCAUGCUUUUAUCUAAUAUUUCUGUGCAUGUCUCCAAUGUUGCAUCAGCUAACAUCUGAAGCAUACAGUAUACUGUGACUGUGUUAUUUAUUGUAGCUUUUCUUUUGGCAAAUUAUCCAACUUUCUUUUCUUUUUUUCUUUUGUCAUUCUGCCAUUGUUCACAUAAUUGAGGCGCGUGCGUUUGUGGACAUGUGUUCAGAGAUGGCAAGGAGUAUAUUUUUAUCUCACAAUGAAAAUCUUCCCCCUUCCCCUCUCCACAUCUUCAAUUCCCUACUGCUUUCUCUUCAUCCCCAUUUUCCCAUUUCAUCACCACACACACACUCACACUCACACACACACACACACACACACACACACACACACACACACACACACACACACACACACCACUAUGUUUUAGAGCAGAAUUGGAUACCCAGACAAAAUGAACAACAGACCAUAUAAUGAGGCCAUGAAUUUAAUAACCUUGAUUCUGAGCUGGUGGCAACGUUUUGUUUGAUGUCGAGUUCAAAGCUAUUAUUAUUAGAUUUGAUGCCGCUGCAGACAAAGUGUAAAGAGAUAUUAUGAAUCCUGUGAAACGACCUCAUGUCUUCAUAUUUGUAGGUUUGUUUGAGUAAACUUACAUGUGUGUGUGUGUGUGUGUGUGUGUGUGUGAAACAAACUACUGACGGUGAGAGGCAAAGCAGCCAUCCUGUCUGAACUGACAUAUCUAGAGCUAAUGUAGCCCCCAGGAUGCACUUCACACGGACAUAUCACAUACAAACACACACACACACACACACACACACACACACACACACACACACACACACCUACAAAGACACACUUAACCACACAGCUGAAAGCCAAGUGCCCGGGAGCCAGUGAAGAUUGAAAAGCCUUCCAGAUUUGCAGGCAUGACAUCUAAAAGCAGAGACUGUGCAGGCUAGCGAUUCCCCACAGCUGAGUUUAUGUUUUUACUCUAGCCUAAUGCACUGCUGCAUUAUUCUAUUUUCUUCCUCUUCAAACCGCUGUUUAUUUAGAGAGUAAUUCUCUUUGGAUCAGAGCAGAAGAAGUGUGUCACCUCCACUGUGUAGAGGUAGUCAGAGAGUUUGAUUUCAGUCAGAGGUUAAAAAUAAAGAAAGACAUUCCAAAUCCUACUAUAUAUUUUGUGUAUAUUAUGUACAUAAAUAAAUAUAAAUUCUGUUUGUAAUCUUAUUGCAUUAUACUGUAUAUUAUACAGUGCCCACUAAAUCUAUCAUGUGUUAUUGUGCGUUUCUUUUUUGUACGAUGAACUGAGAUGAAGAUGAGGUGUAAUAAAAUGACGGUUGGUGAGAAAUGGUACAGCUGCUCAUCUCCUCUUUUUGUACCAGAAUAUUACACCUCCUCUUUUACAAUAUAAAUGAUGUAUGUACAAUAUAUGCUUCUGUAAUAUGCUGUUAUUGGUCUUUUAUACAUUAAAGUCAAGAUGUGAUUUAA